UAUCCCAGGGCGGUUACUCUUCGGCAAAAACAAAACCCCCCUCUCAUUUCAUUUCUACUCACUCCUCACUCCCUCACCGGAAAGCCCAUACCCAUGGCCUCGAUUUUCGUUCCAGACCCUUCGCUUCUCCGUAACUUCACGGCGGCUCCGUCGAAUCUGCUGCUUCUAUCUCUCCCCGGCCGGAGGCCGUUCUCGGUGUCCGUCGCCACGUGUCCAAACUUGGGGCUAGGGAGGUCCUUCGCCGUCUCCGGCGCCGCUAGCGACACCUUCAUGGCUAAUUCGUCCAAAAAUGGAGUUCUUACAGUUGGUGAUUUCAUGACUAGAAGAGAGGAUUUGCAUGUGGUGAAUCCUACCACAACUGUAGAUGAAGCUAUAGAGCUUCUUGUGGAAAACAGAAUCACUGGUUUUCCGGUGAUCAACAGUGACUGGAAAUUGGUCGGUCUUGUUUCAGAUUAUGACUUGUUAGCAUUGGACACAAUAUCAGGUGGUUGUGGAAAAACUGACAACAGCAUGUUUCCUGAAGUUGACAGCUCUUGGAAAACUUUUAAUGAGGUACAGAAGUUGCUCAGUAAAACCAAUGGCCAGGUGGUGGGCGAUGUGAUGACACCAGCUCCAGUUGUUGUUCGUGAAACCACUAAUCUUGAGGAUGUUGCUAGGUUAUUGCUUGAAACAAAAUAUCGCCGACUUCCAGUUGUAGACGACAGCGGUAAACUGGUUGGAAUUAUUACAAGGGGGAACAUCAUAAGAGCUGCCCUUCAAAUGAAACAUGCAAGUGAAAUGAAAAUAUGACACUCGAGUCCAAGACACUAUGACUUAACCUCCAAAUGUUCAUGGAGCCAAUCAUAAAAGAUGCUCGAGCAACUGGUCUACUGUUAUUUAUAGGUACAAUGUUUGGUAAGUUUUUGUAUAUAAACCAGCAAUAAUUGUAUCGAAUAUGAACGACACAAGUACCCCCCACGAUCAAACAGUUAUCCCCCCCCCCCCCCCCCAGGUAGGAAAGAAGAAAAUAAUGAUGGCAUAGAUUUGAGUUGGUCUUAUGUGCAUUGGAUUCUGUUUUCGACACGAUCGCGGCCUCCCUGAUUUACCAUGGGAGGUGUUGGUUGAGCUAUAAAGUGACUACAGGUUAGACCAUGAUUGCCAAAUCAGCCGUACUAGUUGUUCAACUGUAAGGUUGAUUUUGCGGAGGGGGAAGGUUGAUUUUGCGGACGGGGAGGUUGUAGACUUUCUCAUGAUUAUGAUUGUCAUCAUCUUUCUUUAAUUGUGCUUCCAUUAUUGU